AUGACAUCUCUUGUGUCGGAAUUCCUUAUAAACCCAGUCUUGCGAACAGCGCGCCGUUUCUCUCGCUCAAACUCAAACAACGUCUACGAUAACGCCACUCCGCCAGCAUUCGAACGAACCCCCCCGGAAGCUCGACAUGAAGAUGCAGUUGAGGAUAUAGCAGAGCUCUUGGAAGGCCUAGAAGGGCUAGGAUCACAAGGAAAUGACGAAGUUCCUAGCAUAACUGGUGAACCCGUAAUACUGGACUCUAUCGAAAACGACGAAAGCAUCGAUGCACAGUUGCACACUCUCAUGGCUGCAAGAGCCCCAAACGCACUUCCAACCCAUAGUCCUACUCCUAUAGGGCCCUACUUCCGGAGGCUAUCCUCUAAUGAGGUCGACGACGACGAUGUCACACACAAUCCAUCAUUUGGCAUACCUAGUCGAUUCCGGACAAACUCGUCAACGACGAACCCUCUCAGCAACCCCGAUCCCAAUGUUGCAGAUACAAGAGCGAGUCCUAUAGGAGGUCGAUCACGGACUUCGACGCAUGAUUCUAUACAGUCAAGUUCUGCUGGCAAUUAUAGAAACAGGUCAUUGCCUGCAGAUGACGGGAUGGGUGCUCUCCGACAGCGGAUUAUUAUGAUACAAGCCAUGGCUAUCCCCGCCGAGGAAAAGGCUCGUAUGAUGCACAGCCUUCUCAUUCAGGGAUAUACAGAAGCUCAAAUGUUCCAUACUAAACAGCAACCGCCAGCAUCUUCUCCGGCGAGCAUGGUCAGUCAGGAGCGACCUACCACUCCUGGAUCGUUAACCUCAUUCCUUUGGCAAAUGAAUGGUGUCAUGGACGAUGCACCCCCAACUCAGCAGCACACUUUCCACCUGUCACCGGAUGAUCUUAAACCUUCCUAUGCGCCGUUGGACCCACCGGAGAUCGAUGGAGAUGGCGAUGCUGCUCUAGGAGAGCCGAUCCCAGAACUGGGCUGCCAACACUACAAAAGGAAUGUAAAACUACAGUGCACAACCUGCGAUAGAUGGUACACUUGUCGAAUGUGCCAUGAUGAGACUGAAGAUCAUGUUCUAAAUAGGAAAGCCACCAAAAAUAUGCUCUGCAUGCUAUGUGGCUAUGCCCAACGGACUUGUGGCGUUUGCAUGUCUAUGUCUGUGGAACACUCUCACAAAUGCAUCGAGCGUGUCUCGGACUGUGAUUGCCCAAUUUGUGAGGAGUACAUGUUUACGUCGCCCCAUCCAGUCGUCUUCAUGCUCUGUGGUCAUAGCAUACACAAGAGUUGCUAUGAAGCGCACAUGAAGACAUCUUAUAAGUGCCCGAUUUGCAGCAAGAGUACAGUCAAUAUGGAAACUCAAUUCCGGAAUCUGGACCGGGCUAUUGAUAGCCAGCCAAUGCCUCCCCAAUUCCAGGAUACAACAGCUAUGGUAUCAUGCAAUGACUGUUACGCCAAGAGCGCAGUAAAAUACCACUGGCUUGGCCUCAAAUGUGCCAUUUGCGAUUCAUAUAACACAGCUCAACUUUCUAUAUUGAGUGACCUAGCUGUUGAAGUGCCAGCUGGUGAAAAUAGAGACUUUGAUGAUGCUUUAACAGCUACUUCGCUAAACAGAGUAACAUCAUCCACGGGGGUCCUUGGUAUCGGCAGGAGACAUUCUUCACAUAUACAAGCUCCAAUGACACCAAGUAGAGGCGCAAAUCGAUUUCCCGCUUAUUCUGUCCCUCAACGAAUCGCUAGAUCAGUAUCUCCCGUCCGUGGUAGGGGCAUCUAUGAUGCGCCGCCGGUCAUGAUGCACCCCGAAACAGAUGAUUCGGCAGAGGAGGAUGAGCUUGACUUUUGGGGUCGAGAUAAGCCACGUAGUCUGACCUCUGGUGAGAAUAUUGACGAAAUGGAAGAAGACGACGAGUCAGAAGAAGAUUCUGUGAAUGAAUCUUGUGAUGAGGAUGAUGAAGAUGAAGAAGAUCAGUUUGAACUGAUCGGCCAUCGUUGA